GCAGCUGCAGUAGUCGCUGUUGUCAUGGAGAUGGAUUCAGGCCCGGCGUCGGCUGCGGGCGCCGUUGCCAUGGAGACGGGGCCCCGCGGCGAGGAGCGCGCGGCGCGGCUGCAGCAGCGAGGAGAGAAGCGCGCGGACUUCUACAUGCUGAUCGUGAUCGGCGAGAUCGGCACAGAGCAGCAGCUGCAGGCCGCCAGACAGCACAUCGAGCGCGGGAUCCGCUCCUGGGACAUCAGCCUCACAGCGUGUGAUCUGGCCCGGCAACUGCAGCUCUUCAUUACUAGGCACUCUGCCCACUUCUCUGCAGAGAUCAGAGGACAAAGGACUCUGCACCACCGAAGUGAUGUACUCGAGACAGUUGUCUUAGUCAAUCCAUCGGAGGAUACAGUUCUUUCAGAGAUCCAUUCUCUUGUGUCUGACCCAGCUGUGCACAAGCUACUGGUCCUGAGUGGGCAGAACUCGGACCAAGGUGACCUGCUUCUUCAAACUGGAGUGUUUACUUAUCAAGCCUUAUCACGUGUCUUUGCUGAUCCUGGGGUCACUUAUCUGCUGGGUAAAGCAGACCCAGGGCAGCGGGCAACGCUCACUGUGUCCUGCCGAGCUGAGGCAGGUUGGACCUCCCUGGGGCAGUGUCUGAGGGAGUUUCUGGACUAUAAAUUGAAUCCUGAGCCCAUACUUCCCAAAAUGGAGGGCGUCACAGAGUUCACAGAGUACAUUUCCGAAACAGUAGAUGUGCCAUCCCCAUUUGACCUACUUGAGCCACCCACUUCUGGAGGAUUUCUCAAACUGUCAAAGCCUUGCUGCUACAUCUUCCCUGGAGGAAGAGGAGACUCUGCCCUGUUCGCAGUCAAUGGUUUCAAUAUUUUGAUUGAUGGCGGCUCUGAGAGAAAAUCAUGUUUCUGGAAACUUGUCCGACACUUAGAUCGUAUUGAUUCCAUUCUGCUCACUCACAUUGGUGCUGACAAUCUCCCUGGUAUCAAUGGGCUCCUUCAGAGGAAGAUAGCAGAGCAAGAGGAAGAGCAGUCACAAGGCUCAACUACAUACAGCGACUGGAUGAAGAACCUCAUUUCACCAGAGCUUGGAGUUGUGUUCUUCAAUGUACCAGAGAAGCUCCGCACCUCUGAAUCAAACUUAAAAGUCAAACGCAGUAUUGAAGAAGCUUCUUUGACAUUGCAGUACCUUGACAAGCUUGGAAUUAAGCCUGAACCUCUUUUCCGUGUAGUUAGUAAUACCAUUGAACCCAUCACACUUUUUCACAAGAUGGGUGUGGGCAGGUUAGAAAUGUUUGUCCUUAAUCCAGUGAAGGACAGUAAGGAAAUGCAGUUUCUUAUGCAGAAGUGGGCUGGUAACAGCAAGGCCAAAACUGGGAUUGUGCUCCCCAAUGGAAAAGAGGGUGAAAUAUCUGUUCCGUACUUAACAUCUGUUACAGCUCUUGUGGUCUGGCUUCCUGCCAACCCAACAGAGAAGAUUGUCAGAGUUCUGUUCCCUGGCAAUGCACCACAGAACAAAAUCCUUGAAGGUCUUGAAAAGCUAAAACACCUUGACUUUUUGAGGUAUCCAGUGGCUACACAAAAGGACAUAGCUUCUGGUGUCUCACCUUCUGCUGUAAAACAGACAAAGUUAAAGCAAAGGACAGACAGCAAAGAAAGUCUUAAGUCAUCUCCCAAGAUGCACACACCUACAAAGACCUUCAAGAAAGAACUGGAUGGACAGGAGGACACAUCCAUCCUUGAGACAAAAACUGAAUCUGUCAAGGAGAACAAGUCUGACAAAAAAGAGGAGAAAAAACACACUAAGCCAUUGAAAACAAAAACUGAGGUAACAGAAAAGAAAAAGUUAAUGAAGGAGAAAUCACUGAAAAAAUUCACAAAAGAAAGGGCAUCCAAAAUGGAUGAGAAAAAAGAUAAAGAAAAGAAAGAGAUUAAGAAAGAAAAACGUGAAAUCAAAAAAGAUGACUCUGUGAAAAAAGAUGAGAAAAAAAUAAAGACCAAGGAUGUUUCAAAACCCGAACUGCGGAAAAUUACCAAACCUGAUCUAAAACCCUUCACACCAGAGGUCAGGAAAACUCUUCACAAGGCCAAAACCCAAGGGAAACCCAAAACAGUAAAGAGCAAGACUGCUAAGGUGGAAAAUGCAGAGCCUGUUGCAGAAUCCCGAGUUGAGAAGGCUCAGUCUGAGACUCAGGAGAAUGGCACAGGAGAAGUCAAAUCUGUUCCUUCAACUCCAGAAGAUUUGACCAAGGAGUUUGAAGAGCUGAGAGAAAAGACACCAGUUGAACUGGUAAAUCAGCCUAAGCCAGAGGAAUGUUCCCUCACACCUUCAGAACAACCAGCUGAUGAAAAAGUAGGUCCGUGUGCAGAUACUACUGGUGAGAAAGAAGAUGCUCUUGUUUCACAAACUGCAACAGGUAUACAGGAACCAGGAUCUCCAGAAAAAGAAGUGCCAACUACAGAAGAAAUCAAAAUUGAACCUGAGCAAACUGCAGAGGAACGACAAGGACUGGAGAGUGAUAAAUAUGAGGAUGAAGGCACGGCCAUAGAGGAUGAAGAAGAAGAGGAAGAGGAAGUGGUUACAGUUGAAAAGAAAACAAUAGAGGUGGAAGAGGACAUGGGCAUAGGAGAUGAAGAAGAUGAAGGAAUGGUAAAAGACAGCAAAGAUUUGGAAGGAGCUGACAGAAAACAUGAGGUUGAAGAAAUGGAGAAGCACGGCGAAAGGGAAGCAAUGACUGAAAUAAAGACUGAAGUUGAAGAAGGACAGAUGGAAGAUGAGUAUGUUGAAAAAGCAGAGUUGGAAGAAGCUGAGGACUUGGAUGCUAUUGCGGAUGAAGAAAUCAAAGACGUUGCUGAUGAGAAGUUAACGAAGGAGGAGGACCACAAGAUGAGUGAGGAGACUCUAUUGGCCAAAGACGAUGAGGACGCAUACUUAUCUAAUGUGGGAGGUCUGACAGCUGGUGUUACAUCCACAGUCCAAGGAGCUGCUGCAGCAGAGAGUUUGUCAUAUAUUCAAGAUGAAACAAUACCAGGUUACUCAGAAACUGAACAAACAAUCUCAGAUGAGGAGAUUCACGAGGAAUCUGAGGACAGGAUACCUUACCUUCAAUAUGAAGUUGGCACGUAUGAUGUCUCAGUACCAGAUCAAACAGGCUCCUUUGAUGCAAUCCAUGGCAUGAAAGAGAUGCAAGCCAUGGGUGAAGGACCUGCAAAAGCAUUUACUGGCAUCCAAGAGCCUGCUAUUUCGGUGUACACCAGCAUAAUAGCUGCUCCGUUGGCUGAGGAGGAACAUGUCUCUUCAGCUACAUCAAUCACUGAAUAUGACAAACUGUCGUCUUUUCCAACCUCUGUUACUGAGGAUCAGUCAGUGGCGUCUGUCACAGCACCUCAGACUGAGGACACUGGAAAGAGCUCAUUACUUCUCGACACAGUAAACAGUGUACAUCCCAUAACCCAAACAGAAGCUACCCAAGGCAAAGACUAUCUGCACUCUGCUGGAACCAUCUCUCCAACAUCCUCCCUAGAAGAGGACAAGUGCUUCAAAUCACCUCCUUCAGAGGAAUGUCCACCACUUCCCUUGGAGGGGAAGAUAGAGGGAAUCGAGACUACUACCCACUAUGAGGAGGAGGAGGAGGAGGAUGAGUACGAAGAUCAAACACCAAAUGUUGAUAUUUCUCUUGGAAAGUUACAGGAAGGAUAUGCUGUAUCUCCUAAAUUCCAGGAGAAAGACAAAGAAGGUGAAAAGCCCAAGAGUCCUGAGGCUUCUCCCUUGGAGUCCACACUAGACAAGAAACCUGUGUCUCCUUCUGUUCUGGAGGAAAGAACAGUGUCUCCACUUAAAGAAGAUGCACCAUCUGAAUUUACUGCAACACCAGCCUCUACAUCACCUGUCCCUUCUAAGCCAUUGGUUUCAGAGUCAGGUAGUUUUCCAGAGGCGGAAGACAGAUGCUUCAGCCCGGAUGACAGCACUGUUAAAAUGGCCUCGCCUACACAAUCUGGACCACCUAGUGCUACUCACUCCCCUCUUCGUAUGUCACCUGUUGAAGAUAAGUCCAGGGUGUUCCCUGAACAGUUGGAACAAGAACAGGAGGGGGCCAUCUGUCCCUCUGAAUUUCAAGUUGAAAAGGAGAGUGAAAAACAGCGAACAGACAUUGAAGAGGUUGCACCAGAUACGGUUAUGAAAGCAGGUGAAAAAGAAGUACAGAAGGAGGAGAAGGUUGAGUUGCUAGUAAAAGAAGGGGACAUAUCACAAAUCCAAGACACAAAAGAGCCCACCACUGUGACAGCUCCAGUGACUGAAAAAGACGAGCCUUUACUGAAAAAGGAAGAUUUAUCAGCAGAGAAUAUGGCACUGCUGCAAAAAAGUAGAGAAGAGGAUGAAGUUAAAUAUGAAGAUGAUUUCAGCAUUUGUAAUAAAGUCACAAUUGCAGAGGAAAAGGAAAGUCAUUUCCUUGAUGAUCAUGAUGGUAAAUCCUCUGAGGUUAAAUCCUCUGUAGAAAAAGAAGAGAAAAAGGAGAAAGAAAAGGAGCUUUAUGAAGAUGAGAAAGAGGAUGCAGAUGAGAAACAAGAAGAUUAUCAGCAAACCUCUCUGCCAGAGACUGAUAAAGAAACUAUUCUGUCAUUUUUAGAAUCUAAAGAAAAACAGACAGAAAUUGCACAUGAGCAAGGUCUAAUUUCAGGAUCAGAGAAAAUAGAUAUGCCUCCUAAAGAGGAUUUCCAAGCUGAGAUUUCUGAAAAAAUACCUGAAGAGACAGAAAUAGCCCCCAAGAAGGAUGUAGAAUCUAAAGAGAAACAAGUUGAAGAAAAACAGCCACAGAUUUUGGAGUCAACACCAGAAAAGGCAGAUUUACCCUCAACCCUGGUUGAUGAAUCCAGAGAUAUGGCCAUUAAACAACCUGUGGACCUAAAGUCAUCAGAUUUAAAAGCUGAAACAUUUGAUGUCUCGUUAACAAAAUAUACAGAGGAACCUGUUGUUGUAUCAGUCUCACCAGUGGUAGAUAACUUGGAUCAGAUGACUGAAAAGAAAUUAGAAGUUACUGAAAUUGUAUCUCUGCAGUCGACUUUACAAGACAGAGAUGCAUCCCACAAAGGUGAUCAAAAGUCAGAAGAAAAGGAGACAAAAGUAACAAUAUCUCAAGCACAACUAUUGGAUUCUAAAGAAAUUAUUGAAGAGAGACGUUACCAGAUCUCAGUGCUACCAGACAAAACAGAAGCUAUAGCCAAAAUGGACAAAGAAAGUAAAGAUGAGACCACAGAAGACAUCAAAUCUCAAAUUCAGAAGCCAGCCAUAGCAGAAUGUGUAUCCUCAAAAACAGAUGAUUAUGAAUCAAAAGAUGUAGUGGAGAGUCAGUCAGUUACAGAGGUAAAAUAUUUAGCAACCAAAAUGGUUGAAGAACAUAAGGAGGAACAAGUGGAGAAAAUGGAAACUCAGAAGCCUGUGGACGAUACUCAAAUAAUAAUACGUACUUUAGAAAGUGAGGAAGAAUCUACAAAAAAGCCUACAAAAGACAUUGAAUCUGAAAUACAGCACCCAGCUUCAACAGAAUAUGUCACCUCAACAGCAGAUGAGUCAAAAGAUAAGCAUACAGUCAUGAGUCAGUCAAUUACAGAGGUCAUAGAUUUACCAACCAGUGUGGUUGAAGAGCAUAAGGAUAAACAAAUGGAGAAAAUGGAGAGUCUGGCCUUAAAGUCAGAUGAGACACAUUUAACUUCUGAAGGUGAGAAAGAAUCUACAAAGCCUAUGGAUGAUACCCAGUUAACAACACACACUUUAGAAGAACCAGAUGUAGCCACACAAUCAGAUUUUCAACCUGAAGACAAACUCACAGAAACUAGUCAAUCUCAAAUCACAAAGCCUGUAGUUUCAGAAGACUUGGAAUUAGUCUGCAAACCAAAACAAGAAUUGAAAAAAUCAGUUUUAGAAGAUACUGAAUCCAAAACACAGCCAUCAACAUCAGAAAAAUCUGAUUCACUAUUAAAAUCUGACCUUGAAUCAAAAGACAAACCAAUACAAGAGAGCCAGCCUGAAGUCUGUCAGGCCCCAUCAAAUGAAACAUAUUUGGUGGUGAAAGAGGAUCAGGUUUCUAAGGAGAAACAAAAAGAGGAAACUGGGCCUCUGGAGCUGAAGUCAGAUGUAGCGUGCAAGCUUGACGAGAAGUCUACAGAGAAACAUGAAGAAACAAUACCUAUGGCAGAAAAAUCAGAUGUUACUUCCAAGACAGAAUAUGAAUCUACAUAUAAAGAAUUGAGCACACCUGAAACAUCUGUCGUUUCAGAAGAAAAAGAUUCAAUCUGCAUAACAGAUCAAGGAUAUCAAGACACAGAAGACAUCAAAUCUCAAUUGCCACAGUCAGCUGCAAAGAAAACAGAGACAAGUUCUGAGGACAGUGAUGGACAGCAGAGCCAUCCUCAAACCACUUUUACAUCCGAGCACAUAGCAACAGCAGAGGGUCAAAAAUCAAAAGAUGAGAUCAUGGAAGACAUCACAUCUCAAACAAAAACACUAGAAUCAGCUCAUGAAAAAUCUGAUAUUUCACUAAAAGGAGAUCAUGAACCUAAGGAUAAGGAUAUGGAAGAAGACCAAGCCCAAGUCUUAAAGUCCACAUCUGAGAAAACUGAAUCAGCAGACAAAGAAGACCAGGAUUCUAAAGUGAAAAAGGCAGAAGAGGUCUUUAUUGAAAAAACUGUGUCCACAAGUGUAACUUCUGACAAAGAUCAAGAAACUAAAGAAAAGCAUGUGGAAGAAAGCAAACCACAACCUCUGGAGUCACUGUCUGAAAAAGCAGAUGACAUUUCUAAGCUGGACCAAACUGCAGAACGGAAAAAAGGAGCUGAUGAAACAUUUGAUUUAAAGCUUGAAUUAGAAUCUAAAGCAGCUCCCAGCAGUCCCACCAAAUCAUUGCCUGAACAAAUCCCUUCAUCUGAAUCAAAAACAGAAGUGGAUUCUAAACUUGAUUUAGAGUCUAAGGAAGAAGCUGAUACCUUUAAAUCAGUGAUCCCAGAAAAAACAGAUCAAGAGGUUGAAAAGUCAUCUCAUGAAGAAUCUCCAAAAGAAAUAUCGGUGUCAAGCUCUGAGGCAGAAGAUCUGGAAUAUCAGACAGACCUUACAUCUAAAACACAGCAGCUAGGAGAUGAUGAGCACCAUACUGUGUUAACAUAUGAAACAGAAACUUUACCAGCAAUAUCAGAGAAAAUGGACAUUGGUGCCAAAUUGAAUUUAGACUAUAAAGAGAAAUGUGUUGAGAUUAAACAUGGCGCUUCACUGUCAAUAACUGAGAAAAUAGAGAGCGGAGUGAAAACAGUGUUAGGCUCUGAAUUUCCUGAAAAAUACUCUGACAAUGAAGAAAGUACAGAGGAAGAUGAAGGUGAUGCCAUCUGCAUGGGGGGUGCAGGUUCAAGACCAUUGUCAGUGGAACCAUGGGCCUCAGAGGAAACAAAGGACAGUUGUGCUGAACAAAUGUCACCCACAACGGGUGAAAAAGAGGAAAUGAUAACUAAUUUAGACGAUAAAGGUGUGCGCACAGACUCAGCUAGGCUUUCACCAGGGAUAGAGAAGGAAAGUGAAGAGACCGUGAAAACCUCAGUCCCCACAGCUCCUGCAGAUCAUAGUAUUACAACAGUGACAGAGCCAACAACCCAUACCACCAUUCAGACAAGUUCUGAAAAGUCAAACAUGCCUAAAACACAGACACUCUCAACAGACACUGUUAAACCUGAAAAAGAAGUGGAGAGAGAAAUGGAAGGAGAGCGAGAAAUGGCCUCUCCAGGGUUGGAAAAAUCUUCCUCAUAUUUUCAAAAAACAGACAGCACUGAUGAAAAGUACUCUAAAAAGACUGCUGAGGAAAGGACCAAAAUAGAGAAAGAGAAAAUGGACGACGGCAUCACAUGUCAACCUGAGAAAGGGAGCUAUGAAACAUCCAAAUAUGAGCCCUAUGAAAAACCUCUCUCAAGUGAACAUGACAGAGACACUGAGCAAUAUCCUAGCUCUAACCUUGACGUAGAUGUACAUGACAAUAGAAGGGCCAGCCAGUCAUCUCUGCAGGGAGCUGCAAGCCACGUAGAUGAACAAAGUGAUGAAGAACCAGUGUCAUUCAGCAAGGUUGAUUACCAUGCAUCUUUCUCUGAGACAAAGACAAGUAUCCUGGGUGGACUCAGUACCUCUUUGGAACAAGACAAUAAGGAGAGUUACCAAGAAGAAGAGUUAGAUAGAGAAAGACUAGAUACCCCUUACAUGGACAAGAGUUUUACUUAUGUAGAGACAUAUGACAAUAGAACCAUUCCUGACUCUGGAUCAAGCUGUUCCUCCAGUGACAUCCAAGACAAAUCAGAGAAGUUAGUAAGGGAGGAGAAAGAGAAAGAGAAGGAAACUGUGAAGGAGGACACACGCUCUUCUCUCCAUAGCAAGGAAGAAGAGGAUACUUGUUCUGAAGUACCAGUAAAACAGCCUUGCACUUCUGCCUCCAUUCCGUUACAUCCUGAUAUGUCAGAGCCUGAGAAAGAGAAAGAGGCAAAAGGGCAAGAUACAAAGUCGGCACUUCAUACAGAGGUUUGUGAUGACACAACAUCAUCUCUAAAAGUUGAGACUCAUGUGACUGUUGGGGCACCACAACAAGGGCUGUUUUCUCCAUUACAAGAUCAGUUAAGCCUUCAGACCACAACAGUAACCUCAUCUCAUGCUGAGAACGUAUCAGAGAGUGAGGGCACGAAGAGCGAUAAGACAGAUGUGGGUUCAGCAAAGCAAGUGAAAGAAGAUUUAGAUUUAUCUCCCAGCAAAGAAGACCCAUUUUCCCCUGGAAGGCACUCACCACCAGAGAAAGAUAUGUCUGGUCGAUUAUCCCCUGAGGAUGGAGCUGCUCAGGUUUCUGCUACAUCUCGUACUGAGGUAUAUCAUGUAGAUGACAAUGUCCUUGCAUCUGAGAGUGCAAGCAGGGAAAGUCCUGCGACCAGCAAAUCAUUAAUGGCAAGUGGAGAGACAGAAACAUACCCAGUCAAAAGUCAAAAGAUAUUUGCAGAGGAAGAGGAUGACUACGAGGAAGAGGAAGAGGAAGGUGAAGAUGAUGCUAGUGACUUGGAUAUGGAAAAAGGUGCCAGAGAGAUGUCUGAGAAGGAGACCAAAGUAGCAUCCGAUGAUUACAGUGAUACCAAGUUAAGUGAGACAAAAGAAGAUAAGGAGAAGCAGAUAUAUGAAUCAGAAUACACUUGUGAAAAACAAGAGGAAGAUACAUCAGAAGCUUCAGAAGACCCUUUGGAAAGUGAGAAAGCUAAAGACAGAGUUAGCACCUUUUCCACUCUUUGUCAAGGUCCAUCAGAAAAAAGUGAGACAGUUACAUCAGGGCCUGCAUCUGUACAUGGUUAUCAUCAUGAUAUGGACAGCAAGGACUCUGAGCAAUCAAAGGAAAAAGAUCUAAGCAAGUCCACUGAGGACAAACAUGAAUAUGACAUACAGAAGACCUUGGAUAAAAAAACCGAGGGAACAGAAUCCUUGACAGGUGCCCAGACCGAUGCAACACAGUCUUCAUCCUCAUCCUACAGUUCCUCAUCAACCUCUGCCUCAUAUUCAACAGGUCAGCACUUUGCAGAGGGGAUAGGCACCCCUAUUACCAUACCAAGUGCUCUUCUGAGGUCAGAUGCAGAUAGUAUGUCAUAUGAGUACUCCUUUCUCAAAGAGGAAGAACUACCCUGCUUAAGCUCUGGAGUACAGUCAAGAGAUGAAUACAUGGAAGUAUCUGAAAAACUCACACCAGCAACAACAACAGCUGAGUCAAUAUCUAGUCUUGCAAGGUUUUCUCCAUUAAGCCCAUUGGAGGAGACAAAAUCUUUCCUUCAAGACCAAGCAUCAUCAGCAGAGGAAAAGUCAGAAGAAGAAGUAACAAGUAUAAAAUCAGACAAAGAUCAGCCCUUUGACCAAAAAGAUAUAUUUGUAGCUGACUCAAAGUGCUCAAAAGAACCUGAUUCUGCCAAAAUUACAUCUCUGCAGUCUGAAGCUCCUUCAGCUACAUCAGUUAUAUUUGAUAUUGCGCCAUUAAAGAAAGCUGACUCAGCAGACAGAGACUGCCAGCAAGAAUCCUUUGACAUUGAACCUGAAGGUCAUGCAAGCAAUAUUGAUGAAGGCACUUUACCUUGUAGAAUUGAAUGUGGCAGAUCUGUCCUUCAAAAAGGAAGCAUAGAAACAUUGCCUGAACCACAUGAUGAUUUCAAAGCCUCAACUAAAUCAGAGCAGCACUCUGCAGAAAGGUCCUCAAAAGGACCAACAGAAGUUUGCACAAGUUCUCAAAAUGUUUCAAGCAAAAUAAGUGAAGCAGUUGUGGCUGGGGCCUUAGGCCUGCCAGGUACGAAACAGGAAGAGGGGGAAAAAGAGAAAGAAGAGAAGAAAAAUGAGGUUCAAAAGGAGCAUGUGGAAGCUGACAUUGAAAAAGAGAAAAAGGACCAGCAGGAAGAACAUAAACCUGUCCCAGGCAUGGAAAAGAUGGAGGAGGACAAAAAGAAAACAGGGAAAGAACAGAGACAAAAGGAUGAAGAAGUGGAACAUGAAAAGACUGAUACUGAAUUGAAGGGGCAAGAGCUACCAAUUGAAGCUCUGAGGGAAAAGGGUGAGGAAGAGAGCAAAGAAAUGGUUGAUGUAGUGUUGGAGGUGAAAAAAGAGGGUAGAGAAAAAGAACCGGGGAAUGUUAAGGAAAAGAUUGAAGAAGAGUCUAAAGAAAAGUCAGAAGAGAGAAAGGAACAACUAAAAGCAGAGUUGCCAGAAAAAGAUACCAAGAACACAGAGGCACAGGAAUCCAGUCAAAAAAGCACCUCUGCUUCUGAAACAAGGCAGGAGACCAUUACAUGCUUGAGAGCAACACCUGGUGAUGAAGAGGAUAUCUGUGAAGAAAUGGAAAUGGAGGAAGUUCAGGGAGAGCUCCUGAAAUAUGACUCAGAAGAGAAAAAAGAUCAAACUCAUGAUAUGUCAGUUUCAUCGAGUGAACAGACCUCAUCCUCUAAGCCAUCCAAGACGUCAGAGGAGGAUUUUACUCGACCUUCUGAUCUCUGCAUGGAGGCCAGCUCCUCUCGCUCACCUCCAUUAUACAAACACUGCAAGGGAGAACUGUCCCCAUCGUUUAUUAACCCGAGCCCACAUCAUUUAUCCAGUGAAGAGGGUGAGGAGGAUGGCAGAAGUGACUGCUCAAGGGAGGAUGAUUUUGAUGAUGAACGUGAACAGCACUCUGUUAAGAGGAGAUCUCACAGACAGCAGCGUCACCAUGCCCACAGCUCCCAUGGAGACAGUAAAGAGGCAACACAUGCCCCUUCUAGUGCCAUGGCAACUGGACAUGGAGUAUCACUUGCAGGCGGAGAAGAAACUCCUCCCACCUCUCUAAGUGAGUCAGUUCCUUCUCAGUCUGACUCAGACGUGCCACCUGAGACUGAGGAGUGUCCAUCCAUCACAGCUGAAGGAAACCUUGACUCAGAUGAAGAUACAGAGCACCUACCAGUUGACAAAACCUCUACCACAGCAACCAGUGGUCAUCACUCAUCCUCUCCGAGGAGCCAUGAUCCUCCACCGGCCCCAAUGAAAGACCCUGUGCCCCAACCCCCCCACCCAGAUGUGUGCAUGGUGGAUCCAGAAGCUCUUCUUAAUGGGCAAACCCACACAGAGCGACCCAUCAAGAAAGACCUUAAAACCAACAAAGGGUUAAGGAAGACCUUGGGGAAGCCAAAGUCUGCAUCUCCAGCACGUAAAGGUGAUGCUAGGAGCAGAAGGUCCACAACACCUGUAAAACAGGCAUCCAAAGACUCCUCGCCUCAUACCCCUUCUCUUAAAAGAUUAGAUUCUGAGAAGACACUUCGACUGUCUCGAAUGUCUGAGACAGCAGGCUCUAAAGGAGAGAGCUAUUCAGGAAAAGGGCUUGUCAAUGGUGUAAAGAGCAAUACAGGCUCCAAUCAGAAGUCCAAUUCUGGUGUUCCACCUGGACCACCUUUCUAUGUUGACCUUGCCUACAUUCCAAAUCACUGCAGUGCUAAAAAUGUUGACCAAGAAUUUUUCAAGCGGGUGCGCGCUGCGUACUACGUAGUGAGUGGAAAUGACCCAGGCAGCGGAGAACCUAGCCGUGCAGUUCUGGACGCAUUGCUUGAAGGCAAAGCACAGUGGGGAACCAAUCUACAGGUAACCCUGAUCCCUACCCAUGACACAGAGGUGACUCGUGACUGGUAUCAGCAGACUCAUGAGAAGCAGCAGGAUCUGAACAUAAUGGUCCUGGCCAGCAGCAGCACAGUGGUCAUGCAGGAUGAGUCUUUCCCUGCCUGCAAAAUUGAAUUUUAGGCAGGAUUUUUAUUAUUAUUUACACAUUCAUUUCUCAUCAUUCCUUAAGACUUAGAUGGUGUAUUCUUUACCACCCACAGCCUUGUAUUCCAUCGACUGCCAUUUAUAGUUUGUAUCUUAGCCUGCAACGGCCACAGAUCCUAGUGCUGUCAAACAAGGCCUUAUAAGCUUUGGUUUAGACUCCUGAUUCACACCUACAUAUUAUUUGAUUGUGUCUGCAAGGCUUAGGUGAAGAAUUUGAAUUACUAGACGCUGUAUGAGCUAGCAUUAGCUGAGGUUUGUUGCACAUUUAGUUUACUUGUAUUCUCAAUGGUGAUAUCUUUAAGAGACAAGUAUUCAUGUUCAAAUGCCUUGACCUAAAUUUCAAUUUGAAGCACAAAAACAUACCCUCUGCUAUUUUUUUAAUAGCAUACCUCAUCCUACCCUUGUUUCUUCAUUAUGAAUGUUAGCAUGCCUCAGUAAACAUUUACUCUAACCUCAAUCUAGGAAAACAAACAAUGAAUAUAGGAGUGUAAUUUUGUUUCGAGAGGACUAAUAACAUGCACUUUGAUAGUCUAGAAAAUGUCUAACUGUCGUGGCUGAUGGUCAGGUAUAAUGGCUGUGAAUAUAAAGUUCUACCACAGGAGACUUAAAUCACACUAUUCUGAAAAGGCACAUACUGUACACAUACCAGCGAAAGUAAGCAAGCAGACAAACCAAUAAACAAGCUAACAGAUGCUCAUACACAGGAUAUGUAAGUGCCAAAUCUUAAUCCUGUAUUGUCAAUUAACAGAAUCUAUACAGAUCCUGAAAAAAAAAAAUCCAAAAUCUGUGUCCUUAAGGAAACAUUUUCAUCUGCUCAAUUAUCUCAGCAGUGUGGUAUUACUGGAGGCUGUAUAUGUCUGUAUGUGCCUUUAAGAAUAUGGCACUGUAGAUGACAUAUACCAGCAGCUCAGUGUUAUUUUUGCUGACUGGGCUUUUGUGUACUCAUAGUGGCUGAUGCAAAAGGGUCAAGAACCAGUCAGUGCAGCUUGUGUGUAGCAUUCUGUAAAGAACCUAUAUUAGAUAGCAAUGUUAAAAGGGGGAUCUCCUCAGUGAUUGGUAUUAUAUUAAGUUCAACUAAAGCAUGAGGGCUCUGCUUUAAUGAUCAGAACAGUCUUUGUGUAUUCAUACAGACUAAUAGCUAGGGCAGCUACUUUAACGUGUAUCGUCUGUCAUUUACUUGACCAUUUACAUGUUGAUUAAGUUGUUUAAGAGUGAAAUCAGAUAGAGUUUAUGAUAGUUUAUUGCCAGUAAUAUGAUUUUCUAGGGCUUGGACAGUAGUCUGAUUUCAGAACUUUUCAUAAUAGUGUCAAGAGUACUAGUCAGAGGGCUUGCACAUGCUGAAAUAAGUGAUGUUUUACAGUAGAGGAUUCAUAGAGCGAAGUUUUGAGUUCAAGGGUGUCUUGAUAGUUUAAAGUGUCAGCACAGUCUUCGUUUUUCUGAGGUGACAUUUAAAGGUUAUUUAAAACAAACAAACAAACAAACACAACAAAACAUUACAAAUUAGAGUUACAUUGAAUGGCAUUGAUUUUCAGUGGUGCAUGUAGCAGUACAGACAUGUUUGUAGGUGUAAAUGUAAAUGACAGCUUCAAGAAUAAGUGUGCAUUAUUUAGCCUAUACACUGUAUCAGCAGAGAGCAAGGGUCCCCUCAUGUGCCUUCUGCAUUAACUGUCUAAAUAUGACAAAAUAGUUUACAGAAAAAAAUGCAGAAGCAUUUUAAAUAGUGUGGAAAUGAUUAAUAGAGCUGAUGUGCUUUUGAACAUUAUCCAGAUCUUAAUGAUGAGUCCUUAGCAGCCUUAUGUAUGUACAGUAAUACAGAAUGAAUUAUCCCCUAUUCUAAGGUGUUUGUCCCAAAAUGAGAUGUUUGGGAAAUUUUGCACCAUGUAUGGUAGCAGAUUUAUAGACUGUAAAGGAGCCAUACAAGCAAGGUGUAUAGGUGGUUACACUGCAUGUAAAUAUUUAGGUAAAUAACAAAUUAUUAAUUUAUUUUAAAGAAAUGCAAACUUGUAUUAAUUAUCUGGAGGUAUUCCUGUUAUGUACUGAAGCUUUAAUGGAAUGUGGUUGAUUGAAUCUAGUACGUCUCAAAUGUAUACACUCAUGUAUUACCUUGUAUGUCCAUCAUACAGAGGAACUAACAUCCAACAGUUACAUUCAGUUGAGUGAUUUGAGAGUGAAGAACCGACUAUGACUAAUCUUAAACCACUAGAAGUCAAUUAUUUCAAACCACAAAAUAUAAAAUACUUUGAAUUAUGUGUUCUAUAGCAUACCUUAAUACGUUUCGUGAGAUUUAUUUUACAGCAACAGUAUUAACACAUUGACAUUGGUUGGUUGAUUUUGUCGAUAUUAUUUACAUAUUUAAUUUUCUAAAUCAUAAUACACAAUGCCUGUAUCUUUUUAUUCAGUUUGUUAAUAUUGAAAUUUUAAAAAGCCAGCGAGAAUUUGUCACAUUUGAAAAUAUAUUUCUUAUUUUCUUUGCCGUAUGCAGAUUGGACUGAAAGCAAGACUGUGACUGUAUAUGAAAUAAGUUCUUAGUGAUAUUGCAUUGUCCUGCACUCUGUGACAUACAGCUAGCCACACUUUAGUCAUAGUAAUCUUGUAAACCCACUGCUGCUCACGAAUGAAUGAAUUCUUUUUGUGGUAAACUGGUUGUGCCAUUUCCUAUGCUGAAACAUAGCUGUUACAAGGUCUUUAACCCAAGCAGCCAAGUGAGCCUGCUCAGUUUAUGUCUUAAUUGGUUCUUCAAAGGUGUGUGAUUCACUGUUAGGCAUUUCAGUAAUCACUGAUUCUUGUUUUAAGUCAGUGAGUAUGUUUCGCUUUUUGAAAGGAUAUUCUCAAGAUGUUUUCAGCGGCAGGGUCUCGAAGUAUUCCUCUUAGCUGUGAACGCACAAGGUUAGCUGUGGGAAGUUCGAAGUGGCCAAAGCAAUGGAAUUACCUCUAGGCCUUCGAAAAAUGAAGUGAGCCAAUAAACAAAUUGACUGAAAAUGCUCUCUACUCUUCACAACAUAAACAAACACCAAGGACAAAAUGUAUUUUUGAUAGAAGACUAUGCUAAAAUGGGAUCUCGUACUGUAUGUCCAAAGGUAUAGAUAUAUUUUAAUGUUUGGCCUUAGUAACAAGCACUGUCUGGUCUUAUUGAUUAGCUGUGAUUGCUGUACACAGAACUCUGUGUAAGUAAUGAAUGCACUAACUUAAUAUUAUUGAAUGUAUAAGUUGCUUUGCUGGAUGCUGCUUGAACAAAACAAAGAACUAGCUAAUAUGCACAUGGCACAGUGUUAGAAACGAUUGCAGAGAAAGACUGAGGUAUUUAUAUGAGUGAUUUGUCAAAGAAUUACUGUAGACUCAUUCGACUAUUGCUGAUUUCAAUACUGAUGUGUCACUGUCUUACUGAUAGAAAACUGAAAAAAAUGGUUUGCAGAGGGCUGCCCCACAACUGAAAACUGUACAAACUACAGUUGCGAGGUUUUCUUCUCCUGAAUAUGACUUGAAAUGUGAAAGAAGACAAAAGAACGGUACAACUCCUGUACUUACAUAGACUUGUAUAUACCAAUCAAACUAGGUGAUACAAACUUAUUCUUGUGAACAGUUUUCAUUUCAGAACAACUUAGCAUCUGUGUAAUUCUCCUUCUCAACAAGCAAACAUGCUACCAAAAGGUACCUCCUCUUUUAUUUCAGUUUCAUGAUCCUGAGUCCCAUGUUCGGAAAAUAAUGGAUUCAUUUGCCCAUACGUCAUGCCAGUGCAUCAAUUUCUGCAUGUGAUCUUAUUAGUUAUAAUCCUGAAUGUACUUGUUUAAUAACUGAAUUAAACAAAAAUACUAUUUUAAAAAGGUAUAUUUGAACAAGCUAAUUGUCUUAAUAGUACUGAAAUAUGCAUAUUAUUGGGCUUUGCUUCUGUUUGCCCUAAGAUGUUGUUGAGAAGAUGCUGUGAUAGUUCUUGUUUUUUGCCGCUGUAUGAAUCUUAGUUCUGUUCUUCUUUAGUGCAAUAUUCCAUAUGAUCUCUUUCAACUCUAAAUGCAAACGUAGAUUUCUGCUGAUUUACUGUAAAAGGGAACAAUCCUGGUGAUCAUCAAUAAAAACUCAUAUGCUGAAAUUCUGAAAAA